CUCUUACCGAGGCUCACCUCCCAACCUCGACCUAGGGUUGAUUUUUCGUCUCAGUUGCCACGGAUCAGUGAGUUAUCUGUUAGAUCGUUAACUGACGAUGUUGCGUUCGUGACUUGGCGUUCAUAUGUUGAUUUGGUGGGACUAUGUGUUUGCUUUAGAUUGGUUCGGAUCUGGGUUGGACCUUGUGAUUAGGUUUUUUCCACGGAAUUUGAUGUUGAGGAUAAAAAUCCCGUCUUUUUUUGUUGGGUGGUUGUAAGUGGACUGUUUGUUAUCAUCAACAAAAAGUUCCAUUUUUAUCAGAAAUGAUUUCUCUUUCAUAGUCUUUGUAGUAUUUCAAAAUUGUUUCGUAAGAAUCUAAUUGAACUAUAUUGCAGAAGCAACUGUUGUUACAUGCCAUUUUAAGAUACCGUUCCUUGUAGUUGACAUUUAACUCAAUCUGUGAAAUUUUGCACUUUGUUAGUGUCUAUCAACAUAUAUAGUUUGAGAACCGUGUUAAUUCUCUGCAUCAUUAUUAUUAUUACUAAGUUGGCAACAAGUAGGUGGGCAAUUGUGCUGAGGAGACCUACCUGCAUUCUUCUGGAAAUGUGGACUUGUAGGAGCUACAUCCUUCCACAGAAAUUGUAUCGGUCAUACUCUGUUUUAAUCAAUUACCAACCUGAUGAGCCGGUCACUCUCUGGGUGAACAAGGUUGGUCCCUAUAAUAAUCCUCAGGAAACAUACAAUUACUACAUCCUUCCAUUUUGCAAGACAUCAGAAAAUCCCGCCCACAAAUGGGGUGGGCUUGGAGAGGUUCUGGGUGGAAAUGAAUUGAUUGACAGUCAAAUUGAGAUAAAAUUUCAAAGUGAUGUUGAGAAGGGAUCCAUUUGUACAAUUGAACUUGAUGCUAUGAAGGCUAUGGAUUUCACAGAUGCUAUUGAGAGCUCGUAUUGGUUUGAAUUUUUCAUAGAUGAUUUGCCUUUAUGGGGGUUUGUUGGAGAGACUGACAGAAACAAUGAAAAUAAGCAUUUCCUUUUUACACACAAGAACAUUUUUAUUAGAUACAAUGGGAAUCAGAUUAUUCAUGUUAAUCUCACUCAAGAAAGUCCUAAGCUUUUGGAAGUGGGUAAAACAUUGGACAUGACUUAUUCUGUGAAAUGGUUGCCUACAAACGUAACAUUUGCACGCCGUUUUGAUGUUUACUUGGACUAUCCUUUCUUUGAGCAUCAGAUUCACUGGUUCUCCAUCUUCAAUUCUUUCAUGAUGGUUAUUUUUCUGACUGGCCUGGUAUCGAUGAUAUUGAUGCGGACACUGAGAAAUGAUUAUGCGAAAUAUGCUCGUGAGGAAGAUGAUCUGGAGACCCUGGAGAGAGAUGUAAGUGAGGAAUCUGGAUGGAAGCUUGUUCAUGGAGACGUCUUUCGACCUGCUCGUAACUUAGUCCUCCUUUCAUCUCUUGUUGGUAUUGGCACUCAGCUGGCAACCCUUGUUCUUCUCGUUAUUUUGUUGGCAAUCGUUGGAAUGCUGUAUAUCGGGCGAGGGACUAUCAUUACAACUUUCAUAGUGUGCUACGCGCUUACGUCAUUCAUUUCAGGCUAUGUCAGUGGUGGUCUUUACUCUAGGAGUGGUGGUAAAACUUGGAUAAAGGCUAUGAUCCUGGCUGCAUCACUCUUCCCAUUUAUGUGCUUCGGAAUUGGCUUAUUUCUUAACACAAUUGCUAUAUUUUACCGGUCACUGGCAGCUAUACCCUUUGGCACAAUGGUGGUGAUGUUUAUCCUUUGGGCUUUCAUCUCAUUUCCUCUGGCACUUUUGGGCACUGUAGUGGGUAGGAAUUGGAGUGGUACUCCUAACAAUCCGUGCCGUGUGAAGACUAUUCCCCGUCCUAUUCCUGAGAAGAAAUGGUAUCUCACACCUUCCAUCGUUUCACUCAUGGGAGGGCUGCUUCCCUUCGGCAGCAUCUUUAUCGAGAUGUAUUUUGUCUUCACGUCCUUCUGGAACUAUAAGGUGUACUAUGUCUAUGGCUUCAUGUUGCUGGUCUUCCUGAUCCUCAUAAUUGUGACCGUCUGUGUUACGAUUGUGGGCACAUAUUUCUUGCUGAAUGCAGAGAACUACUAUUGGCAGUGGACUUCGUUCUUCUCUGCUGCUUCAACAGCUCUUUAUGUGUACCUCUACUCUAUAUAUUACUAUUACGUGAAGACCAAAAUGUCGGGCUUUUUCCAGACGAGCUUCUACUUUGGCUACACUCUCAUGUUUUGUCUCGGUCUCGGAAUACUUUGUGGUGCUGUUGGUUAUCUGGGCUCGGCUCUAUUUGUGAGGAGAAUCUACAGAAAUAUCAAAUGUGACUAACGAACGCUUAUAUCAUAGCAAGAUGCCGUGUUGUUGAUAUAGCUUGAGCUUCGGCGAAAGAUGGACAUCAUAAGCAGACCUGAUUGUGCUGCAGGCAACACAGGAGAGACGGCAUGCUCCUUUUUUUCUACAUCGAUUGAUAUCUGCUUGUAGGGCUUUUCCUUUUUUUCCUUUUCUCUUUUGUUGCACUGUUGGACCUCCCAAACAAAAAAUUAUCAGGAAAUCCUUUUUGGUACUAGAAAACACAUUUGAGCCCCUGUUUCAUGAGCCUGCUCGGUUUUUCCUGUCUUUAUAUCAUCUUCGUUCGAUGUCUUCUAAUUA